UGUCCAAGGGCCCUUUGUGACACGUGGUGACACAGCAGCUGGUGGUGCCAAGAGCACGCCAGAGUGCUCAGAGCAGGCGACGGGACAGGACGGGACAGAGCAGUGCCGUGAGGAGUCCCCUCACAGCUCACUUGUUCGUGUCCGACCCGCAGCUUUUCUGAGGCGUUGUUCCUGCAGCUGACCUCGAGGCCACAGCACAGCACUUGGUGACCCGUGGCCUUCCCGAGGCUUCUGUUCUGCAGUGACUGACAUGGAGAAGAGACUCCCGAGAGUGCCCAAUCUGGCCUGGGGGGAGGCGGAGAAAGAAGGCCCUGGAGCUGCCCCAGCACAGGAGACCGAAAAGGUGGUGCCGUUCCAUCCACCGCAGGAGGGUGCAGCCCUGGACCUCACACAAGAGCAGGAAUCCACCCGUGGCCGCUUCCGCAGAGCAGCGCAGCUCAUUUGCAAAUUCAUCAGGAGUAUUCGGCAGGAAGGGACCCUCUCCAGGGGCGCUGGGCUCAAAGCAUACUCAGAGGUCCUCAAACAUGAGACCAGUGCUGCCCUGCUGGAUUUGCUUGUGGAGAGGGGUGUUUUCAGAGCAGAGCAAGUGCCUGCCAUGGUGAGAUACAUCCACCAGUGGCUCACGGCCAAUGAUUCUACUGAGCACAGGCUGGAUAACACCCUGCUGCAUCUCACCGAAGCGCAGCCAGAAGACGCAGUAAUGACACUCCUGCGUGUGGCCCCAUCCUGUGACAGAGAUGCCAUGGCCAUGUGGAAGACCAUCAUGUGCUCACCCAGGACUGCCAAGGUGGUGCAGCUGAUUCUCCUGGAUGUGCUGGGGAGCUGGCCAGAGUACAGCACGGGCACCUCCGAUGGGGACAAAACGGGUGUCUUUGCCCUGGCUGCAACUGUGGUGAUGUGGAAGAUCCUCCAGGAGCCCUGUGUCCCACACAACGUGAAGCUGCAUUUCCCCCGCCUAUUUGUGCGUCUGCUUUUCCAAGUCUUCUUCAGCACUGAACAGAUGCCAAAGAAGGUCCUUACCUUCUGGAAGGGAUGCCAGGAGCAACACGGCCUUGCCACCAGCCCCAACAGGUUUGCAGUGAGGACCCUGAGGUCCCUGCUCUGCUUUCUCCAGUGUGAGCAUGUGGUGAUGUCAAUGGAAUGCAAGCGUGGCUGGGACACGCUGCUCUGUGCUGACACCCACCACUAUGCCGUGGGUCUGCUGGCCAGAGAAUUGCGCCAAUCAUCCAUAGACUUUUGUCCCGGGAUUGCAUUCUACCUGCUCAGGCUGCUCAGCAAAGAGAUGCCAUACUGGGAUCUGCCUGCCUUGGCCUUCCUGGUGGAGGUCCUCGAGUGCCUGGACUUGAGUGAAUGCAGUGACGAUGUUCUGGAGAUCAUGUCAAAGAACCUACAGCGCGAGUGCAGGGAGAGGCGUCGCCUGGCACUCAGAGGUCUCACGGUGCUCAGCAAGGAUCCCUCGAUGGCCAAAGGAAUGUGGAGCCUGACUGAAAAUCUUGUGGAGCUGCUGGAGGAAAAUGAUAGCGACAUGGUCUGGAUGACCACUGUUCUACUCAGAUAUUUAUUCCUCCAUAAUCGUGCCCCAAUACCGAGCCCCAUGGCCCUGCAGCUGGCUGAGGCGCUCCUGCCCCUCUUUGACAACGAUGAUAGCCUGGUGCAGCUGUGCUCCAUGUCUGUCUUUCAAAACAUGCUGGAGUUAUUAAUGGAAGAGGGAAGAAAGGCCCUGAAGUCACCUGUGCGCCAGAGCCUGCUGCCACUCUCCUUCCACUGCCAUGAUGAGAAUCAGCAUGUGGCAGAGGCCUCUCGGGAAACGCUGUAUUCUUCAGCCAGAUUCCUGAAGAGGAGGGACAUCGAACAAAUGCUGCAGGUGGAUCAGACAUGGAGGUUCGGCGAGGGCCUGCUGGCAGAGGACAGGAGCCGAGCGGCCGAGCACCUGCGCCGGGCCCUGCCCUACCUGCAGAGCCCACAGGAGCCCCUGCGAGAGGCGGCCGUCAGGUUCAUGGGGAUGGCCGGGCGGAGCUUGAGGGGGCAGCAGGGAGAGCUCCAGCUGAUCUGCAAUGCCCUUGAAGAAAUGGUUAAUGACAGCAGUCCUGCCAUCAGAAACAUGGCAAUUGAAACAGGGUUUGUGAUCCGGGCAAUGCAGAGAGCUCCCUACUCCACAUUCCGCAGGCUACGAGAUCAAUUCCGCAGCGCAUGGAAGAGAUGGCCUCGUCUAUGCAGCCCUACCUUCCUGUGCUGCUGGAUCCCUGUGGAGACCUGAUCUGGAAGGCUUUGCCUGCUGGGGCCACUUGAGCCAGCAGCUAUUUUAUUUUUCUUCAAGUUUUUUGUUGUCAUAUUUUCAUUUUGUUUAGUAUGUAAAUAUAGUAUGUGUUAUAA